AUGGUGCGUGGGAUGAUAGUGAGAAAUCGACUGCGUGAGCAGUACCAUUCGGCGCUGGUGAUUCAACGGAAUUGGAAAAGAUUCAGAGCCGAGCGUAAAUACAUGCAGAUUAGGCGUGCCAUCAUUGCAAUACAAUCACAGUAUCGCGGCGAUUGUGCUCGAAAACGAUUUGAGGAGCUCAAAAAAAAUGGUUAUCCGAGAAGGCAAAUUCCGAAAUUUACAAUAGCAAAAGUGGUACGGAAGAUGCAACUCGCCUCAUUCAAUUUGAAUGAACCAGAAACACUGGCGCAAUUCGCCUUAUCAGAGGAUGAGGAUGAGGCUGUUUCGAUAACAUCGACGAGCGAAAGCAUUGCAGACGAAGAGGAAAGUGCCCUCAGUUCCGCUCAUCUGGACAGGUUCUACUCUUUUUACUACACAUCCUGA